CGGCCAUGGCGGCCCCGCCGCGCGCGGCGCUGACGUCACAGCGCCGUGACGCCACCGGCGCGCGGAGCGCGGCACGGAGCGCGGGAAGGACAAAAAUGGCGGCGGCGACCGCGGGAUGAGGAGGGAUCGCUGAGCCGUGAUUCCUGCAGAGCCUCCUCCCGCCCUGCUCCCCCGGAUCUCCGCUCCCUGUGGGAUCCCCGUGCCCCCUCCAGGCCGGUUCUGGGGUCUCCCCCGCCAUGGAAGAGGUGGACUCGCGCUUCCUGCACCUGCUGCAGCCCAUCCGUGACCUCACCAAGAACUGGGAGGUGGACGUGGCCGCGCAGCUCGGGGAGUACCUGGAGGAGCUGGAUCAGAUCUGCAUCUCCUUCGACAACGGCAAAACCACCAUGAACUUCAUGGAGGCGGCGCUGCUGAUCCAGGGCUCCGCCUGCAUCUACAGCAAGAAGGUGGAAUACCUGUACAUGCUGGUGUGCCAGACGCUGGACUGCAUCUCCAACAAAAAGAAGGAGAAGCUGCCCCCCUCCGUGGGCCCCGAGGGCCAGGAUGCUGACGCCACCUUCACAGAGCACGAGGAGGAGUUCCUGUCCCUGGAUGACAUCCCAGGAGCCAGCCAGGCCAGCGUGGACAUGAGGAGUGACCAGCGGCCUGCUACCGUGAACAUCGUUCCCCUCACCCCGAUGUCCCUGGUGCCCCCAGAAGAGGGGGAGAAGAAGGAAAAUCCCCUCCUGAGCCGGCGCGGGGAGGUCCUGGCCAGCCGCAGGGAUUUCCGCAUGAACACCUCCACGCCCCACGCCUGCGGCGCCUUCCUGCUGGAGCUGGCCGGGCUCUCCCCCACGCACCUGCCGCAGGAGCAGCUCCUGGGGACAGCCACAGCAGCAGCGGGACCCGUGGAGUGCCCGAGCCCUGGCGUGGCCCCGGUGCAGGCGCUGAGCUUCUCGCAGGAGGCAGAUGCUGCAGGACCUGACGACGAUGACAUUCCCGGGGCCCUGGGGGAUGACAUGGAAGUGACUCCGGUCCCCAACGAACACAUCGAGGCUCAGAGGAGCACGCCCCGGGCCCGGGGGUACAUCCUGCGGGAGAGACCCCCCAGCCAGGACCCCAAAGCCCACAGCAAGGAGGAGCCCAAUGCGUGGCAGAGCCUCGACCCCUUUGGGGACUCCGAGGAGAAGCCCUUCAGGAAAGGCAGGCCCUUCCUGGUGCCACACGGCCUGGAGGACACGGUUGGAGGCAAGAGGAAGAGGAGGGGCCCGAGGAAGCUCCAGGAUUUCAUGAGCUGGUUCUCUGCAGCCUACAACAACGCCACAGAGGGACGGAAGAGCAGGAGGAGGGGCCCCACCUUCGCAGACCUGGAGGUGCUGUACUGGCGGCAGUUCAAGGAGCGGCAGGCGGUGCACAGGAAGCUCCAGAGCCAGGGGGAGCCGCUGUGGGAGCCGGAGCAGGAGCAGGAGCGUGGGGCUGACAACGAGGAAGGGGCAGAUGAUGAUUUUGUGGAGCACGAGGACGUGGAGCAGGAGGACGUGGAGCCUGAGGCGCCAGAGGAGCUGGGGGAAGGAUCCCUGGAGCCCCCUGAACCCAGGUACGAGGAGCUGGUGCGCAAGACCGUGGAGCUGUUCAUGGCCAGCUCCCAGAAGUUCGCACAGGAGACGGAGCUGUCCCAGCGCAUCCGGCUGUGGGAGGAGCGCAUGGAGCCGCUGCUGCAGGAGCAGGAGAGCCGUGCCCCGUUCAGUGUCCGUUCCUACGGGCUGGCACUCACCGAGCGCUGUGCCGAGCCGGGCCGCUGGCACUCCCUGGCCAGCCUGGUGGCCGGGCAGCCCCCGUUCGAGGUGUGCCGCUACCUGCUGGCCUCGCUGCAGCUGGCCAACGACGCGGAGGUGGAGCUGGCGCAGGACACGGGGCUGGAGGCGGCGCUGGACACGGCGCGGCUGCGGCGGCUCUCGGCGCGCCCGGCACACGAGAGGUUCCAGAACUUUCAGCCGCCCUCGCAGAGCGAGCCCAGCCCCCAAUAAACCCCCCCACUCUGCUAAGGAAAAGCCUC